AUGGUGAAGCGGUGCGAGAGCAGUGAGGAGGGGCGUUGCGGGGUGCAGGCGGAUGUGAUCGUGCUGGGCCGCAGUCUGCCCGGCAUCGUCACCGCGCACAAGCUCAAGAUGAGGUUCGGCGACAGCCUCGACGUGGUCGUCAUCGACCUGCCCCGCCCGCCCAAAGGCGUCUCCAAGAUAGACAUGGUCACGUUCUACGACGAUGAUGACAAUACGGACGAGAUUGAUAAUAAUGCGACGCAACAGAACCUCGACAGCUACUCCCGCCGCUUCCUCCUCAUGUACGCCAAGGAAUUUAAAAUCUCCAUACCUGACGAAGUGCUCAACCCACUCAAUGUGCCGCACACGCACAACAAAGUGUUCGAACACACUAACGGCAGCACCGUGCCCUGUAACAACAAUUUCCACGACUUCGAAUACCUCACGGUACUCGAGAAGUUCGAACUGAACCAGUAUCAGCGUUUGAUAGACGAGCAUAUGAUUAAUUUGUUUUGCGUUUCGAAAACUCCUUCCGCGUCCGAAAGGAAGCAGCUCCUGUACUUCGACAGGACGACAAUGGAGCGACACAUCUGCGGCGCACUGCUGUUCCCGACUUCUCGGGAGAUCAUGCGGAGCAUAGUGCGACUGGUCUGUGGUGUGUCCCCGAGCUCUGUGUCCGUCUUGUUCUACCUUCACCAAUGCUACAGGAAUGACGGCUGUCGGGACUACAUUGACGGCAACAACAUGAAGUUGCGGGAGAAGCUUCUCGGUUACUACAGGAAGCUGCUCGCCCAUAAACUUCAGGAGAGCGUAGCCGACAUCACGCUGCAAGCAAACUCUAUCAAGAACAUCCGUACGUACUCACACGAGCAAGUCAUUUUAGAGACGCGGGACGAGGACACGUAUGUGUGUAGGCUACUGGCGAUGGCGCUUCGGCCCGACGAGCUGCAUGAUAUCGACGUGGAGCCGCUUCUGCUGUCCCCGCGGCACGCCGACAUCGUGCAUUUCAUGCUACCCGGUCGUCUCAAGAAGUUCAAGAUUCGAUACGAGACGGACUUUUGGAGGAGAGACGGCUUUAGCGGUGAAAUACUCAGCAUCCGAGGACCUAUCGUGUGGGCAAUAGAGCGGCCGAUGUUAUCUGCCACGGGAAGCAAGAAGCGGUUGGCCUGUUUGGUGGGUUUCCUCAAGGCCGUGAAAUACGAAUUACAUAAACACGAUUCUAAAGCUGAGGUCAUCGAGCAACUGGUGAAGUUGUUCGGAAACGACGCGGCGCACCCGGUGAACUACAGAGAGAGCGACAUCGAAGAUUUGUUCGUACCCAGGUGUGGGGAUUACGUAGCGUUAAAGAAGUGGACGGAAGAGGAGAACGUUAGAUUCGUGGAAUGGGGUACUUUGGACAUGUACAGAGACGGCGACAUAUCGGGAGCGCUGGAGGCGGGGCACAGCGCGUACUUACGCGUGUCCAGCCAGCUUCGGCCACAGGGUGCUACUUACGAGGAAGUCAGCGCAGUAGACAUACGCACAAAUGUGUACGGAAAUUUCUUUACCAGACUCACGUCCAAGGUCAACUUCGUAAGCGGUUUGUCACUCGUAGCGUAUACUGCCGCCCUGUACGUAGGCAUACGUCUCAUAAAAUCUUAUAUGAAUAAAACAUAA